GUGUGGGAUUUUAGCGCCCUAAAAUUGUUCGAAUCCCUGUUCUCCCUCCUCCUGCUUCUCUCUCCUCUCCCUUCUUGAUCUGUCCGCAGCCAUGGCGGCGCAGCAGCAGAGACACCAGAAAAUGGCGGAGCAACAGCAGGAGAUGGAAGACAUGCAGCACGGUCCCUUCCCAGUCGAACAGCUCCAGGCAUCUGGGAUAGCUGCCCUUGAUGUAAAAAAGCUGAAGGAUGCUGGCCUGUGUACUGUGGAAUCUGUUGCAUAUUCACCAAGGAAAGAUCUCUUGCAAAUUAAAGGGAUUAGUGAGGCAAAAGUUGACAAAAUCAUUGAAGCAGCUUCAAAGCUGGUUCCCUUGGGCUUUACCAGUGCUAGCCAGCUUCAUGCGCAAAGGCUUGAAAUCAUUCAAAUCACAUCUGGCUCAAGAGAGCUCGAUAAGAUCUUGGAGGGAGGAAUUGAAACAGGCUCCAUUACUGAAAUAUAUGGUGAAUUUCGCUCUGGAAAGACCCAGUUGUGCCACACUCUUUGUGUCACUUGUCAGCUUCCAUUGGAUCAAGGUGGUGGUGAAGGGAAGGCAAUGUAUAUUGAUGCAGAGGGCACCUUCAGGCCACAAAGACUCCUGCAGAUUGCAGAUAGGUUUGGAUUGAAUGGUGCUGAUGUUCUAGAGAAUGUAGCUUACGCUAGAGCAUAUAAUACUGAUCAUCAAUCAAGGCUUUUGCUGGAAGCAGCUUCCAUGAUGGUGGAGACCAGGUUUGCUCUUAUGAUAGUGGACAGUGCUACAGCUCUUUACAGAACAGAUUUUUCUGGAAGGGGAGAGCUGUCAGCGAGACAAAUGCAUCUGGCAAAGUUUCUGAGGAGCCUUCAGAAGAUGGCAGACGAGUUUGGUGUUGCGGUAGUUAUUACCAAUCAAGUUGUUGCUCAAGUAGAUGGUUCUGCUUUCUUUGCUGGGCCGCAAAUCAAACCUAUUGGUGGGAACAUCAUGGCACAUGCUUCUACAACAAGGCUUUCUCUUCGCAAAGGAAGGGGAGAGGAGCGCAUUUGUAAAGUAAUAAGUUCACCAUGUUUGGCUGAAGCUGAAGCACGAUUCCAGAUUUCUUCUGAAGGUGUUACAGAUGUAAAGGAUUGAUCGGUGCAAGAGUCAUCUUAUCCAUAUCUCACUGGACUCAUCGAAUUCAAUGCAUGCUAAUGCACAUAUCUAUUUUGGGCCUGUUGCUUGGUUGGCCAACCAGCAGCAGCUUAAAUUCAUUCAACCCUGUCCCGAAUGCAAAAAGCCUGUAAAUGUGGAAGUACUGGGUGAGCCCUUCAUAGGUUGAUAUGAAUAUCUAUGACAUUUGGCUGUAAUUUUUGUAUGAAUAGCUUUGAUGCCUUCUGCUUUUUUGUAGUGUAAAAUGUACUUGCCUCCCUGUUGUAAUAUUCAUGUUGAUGAGAAGGCUAAUCCUCCAUGAGUUGUUAUUGCAUGUUGAUGCUA